AUGAAUUUUUUGAUUAUAAAAUUAUGCAAACAUCUUAUUACACAUAAUAUGAGGAGUAUUCAAAGUUGUUGCAUUGGAUCAUCCCCUAAACAUCUCGUAUGCUUCAAGAACUGGACUGGUGAUAUGGUUAUGGAAAUAAUAAACAGCGCACUAAGAUUAAAGUGCAAUUUAAUCGACACACAUGGAAAGCGAUUGGAUUUGUUGGAAAAUUCAAAGAUAAUGAUACUACAAGAAGUCAAUGCACCAGUGUUAAACAUGGCUGUCUCGAAAGCAGCAACUUUACUUGGCGCUGAUGCUGUUAAUAUUGUUGACCAACUGAUUUGGAACCAUGAUUAUAAUGGCCGAGUUUUUUCAUAUAUGGCGGAUGCGAUUUUCGUAGCAACAUCCACACAUACAUGCCUUCAAAGGUUUGCGCAGCAAUCUUUGGUGCCCGUGAUGUGUAUGACAUCUAGAACACAUUCUACUAUACAAGCAAUGGCUACUAUCAUGACGAUUAUUGAAGAAUUUGGGACAAUUAGAAAAUUAAACAUAGCAUAUUUUGGCUCCCCCCAUCCAGUUCUUAACUCAUAUUUGUUGCUUUGUCCAAUUCUUGGAGCGAAUAUCAAAUUUAAAUGUUGCUGUUCUAAGCAACCAGUAAGCCCUCUCCUAUACAAGACAGGUGAGACACUAUGUGCACAGUCCCACACUAGCCUUGAAGCAUGCACAGACAAGAACAAAGCUCUUUCUAAGGCUGAUGUUGUCAUAGCGGGUCCAGAAAAUUUCAAAAAGUUGAGUGAAUUUAAGCUGUGUUACCAGGAUAUAGAAAAACUAGCUUGUCCCUCGUGGAUAUUUCUUCAUACUUGUCCAAGGGGCAAAGAGGUGGAUGACAACCUUUUUUUUCAUGAUCGUGCAAGAACAUUUGUAGCUUUUGAAAAUUUUCAAUACAUUGCUGCAGCCCUUAUGGCUUCAGCUAUAAAGGACCAUACCUUUUAA